AUGAUUUUAUAUAAUUAUAAUAAAAUUAUAUUUUUUAUUAGUCUUAUAUAUGAAAUUCCUUCAUUUAUACUACUUUUUAUUAUUGAAAUUAUAUUAAUACUUCCAUCGAAUAAAAACAAAUUUCAAUCAUCAUUUUUUAAAAUAAUAUUUUUUAAUGGAAUCUUUGAUAUUAUAUCUUUUGUAGCAUUUACUUUUCAUCAUAAGUUUCCAAAUUAUGGAAUUUUUGUAAAUUUUUAUCAUUAUUUAUAUAUUACAAAUUUUGAUGUAAGAGUUAUUGAAUUUAUUCGUAGUUUUUCAUCUGUAGCUCAAUUGAUUGGAAUAUUUUUUCUUUGUUUUAAUCGUUUUACUUCAAUUUUUUUACGAUUACAAUAUGGAUACAUAUGGAGAUAUUUGUUGCCUUUAUAUUACAUUAUAACAAUUAUAUUACCUGUAUUUUUUACUUUUCCAAUAUUGCUUGAUAAAAUGAUAUAUAAACCAUUUAAUAAAUCAAAUAUAAAUAUAGGAUUUAAAGGAAGAUGGAAAACAUUUAAUGCAAAAUGGUAUAACAGUUAUAUAAUUUCAAUGAUAUUAAAUCUUAUUUUUUUAACAGCUUUCAAAAUAUUUGAUAAAAAUUCAAGAAAAAAACUUAAUUUUACAAUAUUUAAUUUUAUUGUAAAUAAAUUUAGUAUUAAUAAACUUUAUGACAAUUCUUAUACAAUGACUAUAUUAUUUCCUAUAGUUAAUGAUCUUACAAUGUUUCCAAAUAUUUGGUUUCUGUUUAUUAUUUCAUCUAAUAUACGUUAUUCAGUGAAAAAAUUAUUUUUUAUUAAUAACAAAGAAAUAUUAUCAAAUAUAAAAACCUAUCAAACACAGAAAAAAAAAUAA